AUGGAAGUGGAUAGAUGGCAGAGAGAAGGCGUCUUAGUCGAGAACAUCAAAAAGGAAUUUCGUAAACUUCCUGAAGACAUGCGAGGGGGUUAGUUUCCUUAAUUUCUCAAAAAUACGCAUAUCUUUGAUGCUUCUUUCAAAUCAGACUCGCUUUCACAUGAAACCUAUAGACCGUUUUUGGAGGAAGCCAGAACCUAUCUGAGCCCAGAGGACCAGCAAGUAGAGAACUGGAUAGAUGUGGACCCGGAAGCGAAGUUUGAAUCAUUUGAGCUACUCAGGAUGGUACUAAUGGGAACUGGUCCGAAUCCAAUACAAAAUUUAUGGGUCGCCUUUGGAUUUUGCGUUUGCCAAUCUGAACACGAAGAGGGUGUUCUUGGUGGCACUUUCCUUAGGCUGUUGAACCACAGCGUCAGAGGUGCAGUCAAAUGCACAUUCGAUAAAUUCUGGAGAGCGCAUCACGCUGGACAGCUUAUAUCUCUCAUGGAUUCUUACAAUCUUAAGAUCAACCCAAGAGUGAAAAGAUUCUGGAGUUCACCUGAGGAAAGAAAAUUCUCGGUGUGGUAUCUGAAACAGUUUCUUGCUAUAAACGAACCUGCCAAGCUUGACGAACUUCGAUUUCAGUCCGUCCGCCUCGACUAUGGGUUUGACAAUUGCAGAGAACUCGAGGAUAUCUGUACUCUGAUGGAAAUCUACAAAAGACUACUACUUGUGGUGGACCCUCUUAAACUACACCAGGCGUGUAUCGAGGGCAGGCUAUUUGAAUUCGCAAAUCCUUAUCACGAGAUGAAGCCAGAGUAA